GCAUCUUUCCCGUUUCCCAUCUCUUGCUUCUGUUUCAAAACAACCAGAGAUUUCUCCGAAUGAAACAGACAAUAAUUAAAUCAAUUAAAAAUAAAUUCAUGUCAUUAAAUUAUAUUUCUAGAAAGAGAAGAAGAUAUUGUGGGCUUUGUGAAGCAAUAUUAUGAUUUUUAUUUUUCCUAAGUGCUUUCUUCCCAAAAUAAAUCACACCACACUGCAAUGACUCCCAACAACUUCUCUUCAUUUCUUCAUCAAAGUGUCCUGUGCCUUUAUAUGUUCUGUGCCAAUUUAUUGCGUCUUUUCUUCUUCAGAAUUUUACUAUGGAGUUGAAGGAAAGUAAUGACAUCGAGCAUUCAUCUUUCACGCCACAAAUACAGCAUGACCUUUGGCCUCUAGAUCCAGUUGAUCCAAAUACGGCAAAGUUUCCAUGUUGUUUGGUUUGGAAUCCACUUCCCGUGGUCUCAUGGUUGGCUCCCUUCAUCGGUCAUGUUGGCAUUUGUAGGGAAGAUGGAGUUGUUUUGGAUUUUUCAGGAUCAUAUACUGUGAAUGUUGAUGAUUUUGCAUUUGGUUCAGUGGCAAAAUACGUGCAACUUGAUCGUAAACAGUGUUGUUUACCUCCUAACCCAUCUGCACAUACAUGCAAGCAAGGUUACCGCCAUUCUGAGUAUGGUACUGCAAUCACAUGGGAUGACGCAAUACAGUCAAGUGUGCGUGAAUAUGAGAGCAAAACCCACAACACUUUCACUUGCAACUGUCACUCAUUUGUUGCUAAUUGUCUGAAUCGGAUGAGUUAUGGUGGAUCAAUGAAGUGGAACAUGGUUAAUGUAGGAGCUAUGUUACUAUUCAAGGGGCAUUGGGUUGGCAUCAGGGCAAUUAUAAGGGCUUUUCUGCCUUUUGUUGUGGUUUCUUGCUUUGGUGUAUUCGCUGUUGGGUGGCCCUUCUUACUUGGGCUAUUAUCUUUUUCUCUACUCUUACUGUUGUGGUUUCUAUUGGGAACUUACUUUUUAAAAAACAUGCUUGAGUGCUAGAUAGUCUCUUGAAGUGAAAGAUGGUCAUAGUUUAGUUUGUGUUUCUCCUUACCUAAUAAUAUGUUUAGAUGGUUAUAGGUUAAGUUUGUGUCCCUCUUAACCUAAUAACAUGCUUAAAUGCUGUUAUUGGAAGUGAAAGAUGGCCAUAAUUUAUGUUUCUCUUUAGUCUUUACCAAAAAAACAUGCUUAAAUGCUGUUAUUGGAGUAAGACAUGUAAUGCUUCUGAAAGUGUAUUUGGUGUUCAUGAGACUAUGUAUUAUGCAAUGGUAUUGCCUA